AUGCCCCGGCGUCAAAAUCCUCGUUAUGAACAUGAUGUGUAUACUCCACGAUGGGUCCGUUACACUGGUCAGCUCAAGCAAGGUUACUGUGAAAGUUGUCAGCCUAUGGGCAAAUGGCUUCAAUUGAAAAACAGUGCUUACUGGUAUCAUAAACAAUUCUUCCAUGGUAUUUCUUCUGUCUCUGGUCAACCAUUUGCUCCCCCUUUGGAACAACGCAUCAACAAAGAAAGUGAUCUUUUGGAAGGACUUUGUCAUCAAUGUCUUCAAUUUGUUCCCAUCUGCAAUACAAAACGGAAAAAUAGUGUUUUAUGGUAUAGACAUGCCCACAAGAGAGUCACUCCCCCUUUGGAUCUAUCUUUGUACAAGGCCCAUUGA